AUGAAUCAUUUAACACAAAAUACAAAUACUGAAAUUGCAAAAGAUUAUAUUUCAAAACGAAAAAUUCCACAAUUAUUUGAAAGUUUACUUACUGGACUGAUGGUACAUAAGCCGGAGGAUCAUGUUGAAUUUAUUAUUGAUUCAUUAUCACGUUAUAAAUCGGAGAAUCAAACAUUGAAAUGGGAUUCGUUUAUUGGACGAAAAGGUGGUGUACACACAUUAGCACCCUUGAAAAAGUCAAAUGUACAAAACACUGAUCAAUCACCACAACAACAAUCAAUGGCACCACGCUCAAGUGAAAAAGGUGAACAAGAUGUUGGAAAUGGAUUAAAUCGUCGAACAAAAUUAGAUUCGAUACCAGUCGGGAAACAUGAUACACAGUCAGACAAUAAAAAAAUUUCAAUUGAUACUCAACGAUUGAAAGAUAAAAAGAUGAUCUUAAUUAUUGGUGGACCAGCAAGUGGAAAACGUACACAAGCGGAAAAAGUUGCUCAAAAAUACCAUUAUACACAUUUAUCUACGGCUGAGUUGAUUAAAAAAUCGGAUUCUCAAUAUGGAAAAGAAUCAAAUGAUUUAUCCGCAAAUUUGAUCACAGAUUUAGUGGGUGAAGCAAUGAUGAAAACAGUAAAUCAGACAGAUGGUUAUAUCAUUGAUAGUCAACCGAAUGAAACACGAUUUGGAGUAACAUUCGAGCGAAGAGUUGCACCAUUUUCAAUGGUUUUUUAUCUCGAUGCUUCCGAUCAACUAUUGUCACAACGUGCCAAUGAAAGUCGCUAUGAUGAUACUGAAAAUUUUCGUGACUCUAUUGAUCCAAUUAUUCGACAUUAUCAAGAUGAAAAUAAACUUGUUAAAGUUGAUGCCUCGCAUGGUGUCGAUGAAGUAUUUAGCGAUAUUUGUAGUGCAUUAAAUAAAGUGACAAAACAGCCAAAAAGAGAAGAAUCUACACAUUCUCAUGGAUCAAUGACGGAAAAACAAGAAAAACAGUUGAAAGGCAAACCAGUCCUUUUUGUUGGUGGUGGACCUGGAUCGGGUAAAGGUACACAAUGUGAAAGAAUCAUUGAAAAAUAUGGUUUUACACAUUUGAGCGCUGGUGAUCUGAUAAGAGCUGCUGUAGAAGGAAAGUCGGAAAAGGGCAAAUAUUUUAAUGAAAUGAUGCAACAAGGCAAAUUAAUCUCGACUGAAGAUAUCUUAGGAUUAUUGAAAGAUGCUAUUUAUGAGAAAGCCGAAGAAGCUACCGGUUUUUUAAUUGAUGGUUUUCCUCGAAAAAUUGAUCAAGGUAUACAAUUUGAAAAUGAAGUAGUACCAUGUGAUCUAUUGAUUUAUUUCGAUUUAUCCGAUGAUGUUAUGACAGAAAGAUUACUCAAACGAGGCGAAACAAGUGGAAGAAUCGAUGAUAAUGAAGAAACAAUUAAAAAACGAUUGGAUACAUUUCAUGAGCAAACAACACCAAUUCUUGGUUAUUAUGGAAAACAAGGAAAACUUGUUACGAUUGAUGCUAACCGUUCACCAGAUGAAAUAUUUGCAGAUGUUCAAGAUUCGGUUGAUCGCUUAAUGGACCAAGUAGUUAUUGAACGAAAACCUGAUACAUCAAAAUUAAAGAAUGCAAAAAUUAUCUUUGUCUGUGGUGGGCCUGGAAGUGGAAAAGGUACUCAAUGUGAUUACAUUGUUCAAAAAUAUGGUUAUACACAUCUCUCUACUGGAGAUUUAUUGCGAGAAGCCGUACAAUCAAAAUCUGAACGAGGUGAACAAUUGAAUGCUCUUAUGAAAGAAGGAAAACUUGUUCCAUUGGAAGUUGUAUUGGAUUUACUGAAAGAUGAAAUGUUAAAGAAAAUUGAUUCAACAAAAGGAUUUUUGAUCGAUGGGUAUCCAAGAGAAGUAGAGCAAGCGUUAAAAUUCGAACAGCAAAUUGCUCCAUGUAAUCUUGUGUUGUAUAUCAAUGCUAAUGAUGAAACAAUGACAGAACGUUUAUUACAUCGUGGAAAAACGAGUGGACGCGUAGAUGAUAAUAUCGAAACAAUUAAAGCAAGAUUGAAAACAUUUCACGAUGCUACAGAGCCGGUGAUUCAUCAUUAUGAAAAACAAGGAAAAUUAGCUGCAAUAAAUUCAGAGUUAAAACCAGAUGACGUAUUUAAAGAAGUACAAUCCGUAUUGGAUAAAGUAGCUUAA